AUGACUGUCCAGCACGUCUCCACCCCCGCCAGCAACUCAACACCCACUAGCCUCGAUGCUGCCGCCAACAAGGAAAUAUCCGCCAUCUGGGCUCAGGUUCAAGCACGGGUUAUCCAGCUGGCCGGUGGCGAUACCAAAAAGAUCAAAACCAAUUUGUCCAUUGAUGGUGUCCUCGCGCGGCUUGAUCAGGCGCAGGAAUCCCGGGAGGAAUCUUCUUCCUCCAAGGCCAAGGUCUAUAACACCAUCCGUGCCACUUUCAACACCACUUUGCAAGUCAUUCAGACUGUCGGGGAAAUCGUCUCUCAGGGAGCAUCUGAGGUCUUUGGUCCUACCGAUCUUUGCUUCAAUGUCAUCAGUUACGUGAUCUCGGCCUGGCAAGGCUACCAGGGCAUCUUUGAGAGUCUGGCUGACCUCCUGGAUCGAUGUGCUCAGUACCUGAGCCGCCUGGAAUACUAUGUUCGGGGUGGCAUGGAUGCCAAACUGACUAAGGUCGCCUGUCAACAUUUGCAGCUCUUUGUCGAGGUUUGUGACCGGACUAUUGAGCUCAGUCGCUCCAAACGCAAGAAGCUACGAGUAUUCACCAAAAUCCUCUUCCUCGAUGACAAUGAUAUUGACGACCUGCUGCAGAAGAUGGCCAGCCUUGUGGACCAAGAGGGUCGGUUGGUCACUGCUCAGAUGUUUAACUUUGUAUCUGAGGCCGUUAACAACACUCAAAAGAAUCUGGCCAUUAGCCAUGAGAUGGAUGAGAAGAUUGACGUCCUGAUGGAGGAUCGGUUCGACCAGCGAAAAGAACAUGAGAUCAAACGUCGACGAGAUAUUGUCUUGAAGACUUUAGCCUUCGAGGAAAACAAACUCGAUCCCGUAAAGAAGGAGCCUGAUCCGUACUGGCACCGGAACUAUCACAACUAUCGCAAGUCAGUUGUCCCUGGCACCGGCCAAUGGAUCUUUGACGACCCAAGAUACGCCGCGUGGGAGAGCAAUCGUAAAGGCAGAUCGCCCAUUCUGGCUAUCAAGGGCGUUGAAGGCUCCGGCAAGAGCUACCUGACCUCGACAAUUAUUCGAAGUCUCCGUAACCGUAGUGCCGCGGAAGAUUCGGGCUCACGGACCCUGGUAGCUUUCUACUUUCUGGAGGGCGAGUCCAAAGAAGAAGUCCGAAAAGCCAACCAUUUCGAUAUCAUCGCCAAGUCUAUAAUCUGGCAACUCGUCCAGUCUGAUGCAUCUUAUCUGAAGUCUGUUGCCAGCAUCUGCGAGAAGACCAAAGACUUGGAUCCGGAUGAGAUUCUGUCGCAGCUCCUUUUUGAUAACAACGACCUGGAUCGCAUGGACGCAACAUUCUUCAUUAUCAUCGAUGGCCUAGGCGAUGUGAUUGGGGAUGGCUUCGUUAGGUUCCUUCAGAAGGCCUCUGAGCUUUGGAAGGACCGACAUAUCCGGAUUCUGCUGAACGGACAUACGAGAGCAUUUGAGCAGCUGGCAACCGUUAAAGGCGUGUUCUUCCAGAGCAUUCCAAUCAGUGCUAGGAAUAGAUCGGACGUGGAAUUGUUCAUCGAGUCGCGAAUGAACAGUAUUGAUGCACUCAAGGACACUGCACGAAUGGGGGUUCCAGCACUGCGGAAAAAGAUCUGUGAUACCCUUUGCCAAAGGACCGCAGGUGAUUUCUUCAGGAUUAACACUGUCUUAAAGCGCAUCAGCUCGCUGGAUUAUGUGAACGACAUCGAUCGUGUUCUCGCAGACGCCGGAAAGGAACGGUCCCAGCAGAUCCUUGCUGACAUCGAUAAGCUUAACAAUACGAGGACACCCAAAGAACUCUCAGAGAUCAAUGAAAUUAUCCUCUGGAUCCUUCAUGGAAGAGAAUGGUUCAAGCCUUACCAGAUGGCAUCUGUGCUCUACUUGAAGAGCGGAGAGCUCUCACUGUUACCGCUUGAAUCAAAGCUCUCGCUGAAGUAUCAUUUGUUUGACAUCGACACUGAUGGCGAUAUCGAUUUCAGUUCCUAUGAGAUUCCGGAGCUGAUUCCUGAGAAAAGCCAGGUCAUUCAGGAGGACUCCAGCCCCGACACCUCAGCGCGAGUCCAGCCCAAUGAAGUGUCAAUCGUCAGACAUUUCCUUCGUACAGUUUGCCCACCAGAAGUUUAUGGCAAAUUUGACUUUGAGACGUUCUUCGAACAAAAACUCAGUGGCAAGCGAUGCCGCAUCUACCGUGACGACAAAGAUGCGUCGGAAAUCAAGAUGGCUCUAACCUGCCUACGCAUCCUCACCGAAGAGAGAGACGAGCGGUCAGAGAUCCUACGUCCGUACGCCAUUAGCUACGUCCUUCAGCAUCUAUCCUCAGUGGAUCUUGCGUUUGCGGACCGUGACCUGAAGAGUGCUGUUGGACCUCGCCUCUUGAAGUUGUUCACCGAAGAUACUGCAACAGAUGCAUUAGUCUGGGCUGAUGAUGCUACCAAGGCUGUACCAUUGGGAACGCAAAUCCGUACCACAUGGUUGGACAGUGACGUCGGCGUAGAGCAGGUCCUACGAUGGUUUGGAGAUUCAGCAGUUAUCUCUGAGAUUUCGAACCUGAAGGAUCGGGAAUGGAUCUCGGAGCUUAUGACCAGCUCGGACCCGAAGAAGGUGCUGCUUUUGCCUUUUGCAAAGAGGAUGGCAGUGCACUGGUUGCGGUGCCCAUCUAUGCGGCCAUUUGCUCGGAAUGCGUUCUUUUUCCUUUUUGAUUUCCUUGACAAGCUCGAGGGCUCUAACGAGUACUUAGCAGGCGGCACGUCAGUUGACCUGAUGGCGCCCAGUCUGGACAGGAUUCAUGAAGUUGAGGAAUGGUCGCAGCGGCUUUUAGAAAUCGAGGAAAAAGACAGUCUCUGGGAAGUCCAAGUAGCCAUCAUACUUGAGAGCUUCUCGUUCGCCUCCGAGUCUCAGGCUAGAUGUCGUCGAGCAUUAGAACUGGAUCCCCAGAACUGGCGAGCUUCUUAUUACUUAGCACAUGCGACGACCUCCAACAGCGAAGCCAUUCAAAUUCUGGAAGCGAUAGUAAAACGAUUUGAAACAGACAACGACUUGAUUGGAAAACUCAGACUCCAAAAAUCACUAACUGAAAUCCUGUUUGACCUGGGACAGAGAUACUGGGGAGUAGGCCAGUUCGAUCGAGCAAUCCAUUUCCAUACCCGGUCAGUCAAAGCACACUACACGGGCGGUGAUCGUGCUCUAGUCAUAAUGGAGCAAUAUCGCUCUCAACAACGAUGGCUAGACAUCGUAAACUUGUUGAACACAAUCCAGAAAGAGCCAACGGGCGAUCCACAGAAUCUGGCAGAUAUGAUGGUGAAACUUGCCGCUCACGAGAGUCUCCAUGAAAUUUUGCUACAAACCGCCAUCGAAACAAAACAGUUUGACUUCCUGGAAAGGAUAUAUGAGAGCGCUAUCAAUACCGCCGUGAAACGCCAGGUGUGCACCAGUCUCUACUACCUUCGUUACUACUACGCAAAUGCUGUCUACCAGCAGCCCGAGAACGAAGAGCGAGCGAUUGGACUGUGGGAACUCGCGCUGAAAGACGACCUUCCCAGAACAGUCCUCGAAGUUGAAAACAUCCUUCCAGACUUAAUACGGAAAUUGGCGCCUCUCUACCUCCGGCGCGCGAGAGCGGCUGAGCGAGACUCCGACAUAGCCAGGUCCUACUUGGAGCGGAUAUCGAGUAUCCUGCCGGAUGAAACGUCCGAGAACAACAUUGUUUUUCCAGCCAAGUUAUACCUUGCAAGAUACUACCAUGUGCAGGGUGACAAACUCAGAGCCAAGCAGAUUGCUCGAAGUGUGGUGAAGAUGGCUCUAGAGAUCUUGUCCGACGGUGACUACGACAAUGACUAUCUGGCAUACUGGCGGUUAUUGCUCGUGUUUCUGCCCUUAGAAGACGACAAGAACGCAUGCGCAGCCGUUGUCAUGGCAGGACUCGGAGGUGAUCAAGAACCCGAAGACUCCCCAGAAGAAAAACAAACCGUUUUCGACUCCAGCAAGAGAACAACAAGCCCGGCUUCCAUGCCCAUAACUCGAGAGGGAGACGCCCAGAAACCCACCAAAACAACCGAACCCCGAAAACACCGACGAAGCACCCGACGAGACACCGAGGUCCUCAACCGAAAAUACAACACCACCGGCAAAAGCAGCAUCGACAACUACAGCAGCACCAAGAAGGAGAACCAGCAACAGCAAAAACAGCUUCAAAAACAGUUGCAGGAAUUGCAAGAAGAACAACAAAAAGCCUCUCAUUCACAUUCCCGUCCCAUAUUCGCCGUCUGCGACGCAAACUGCGGCUAUGGCUGGACGACUGCGAGUGAAAUGUGGUGGUGUCGGGAUUGCAUCAAUCUAACCUUCGACCGGGACUGCUAUGAGCGACUCAAAAAUGGGACGCUGCAGAUGAAUAUUUGUGAUAGGGGGCAUGACUUCUUGUAUAUUCCGAAGUGGGAUACGGAGAAGAUGAAGAAAGUUCCUGGGUUGUGUGUGCCGUAUGGGGAUAGGAUUAUUUCGUUAGAUGAGUGGAAGAGGGAGAUUUGGAGGGAGUAUGUGGAGAUUGAUGUGCCGGUGGGGCGGCGUAUGAGUAGAUGUUUCUUUUGA